AUGAGAGACUAUAAAGUUGUCGUGUUAGGUGCAGGGGGUGUUGGUAAAUCAUCCAUAACUGUCCAAUUCGUUCAAGGGGUUUAUGUCGAAAGUUAUGAUCCAACUAUCGAAGAUAGUUAUAGGAAACAAACUGAUAUCGAUGGUAGAGCUUGUGAUUUGGAAAUUUUAGAUACGGCUGGUGUUGCUCAAUUUGUAGCCAUGAGAGAAUUAUAUAUUAAGAGUGGUAAAGGGUUCUUAUUGGUAUAUAGUGUAACUGAUGAAAACUCAUUAAAGGAAUUAUUAGAAUUAAGAGAAUUAGUUUUAAGAAUUAAAGAUUCAACUAAUGUUCCAAUGGUUUUAAUUGGAAAUAAAUGUGAUUUGGAAAAUGAUAGAGUGUUAUCUAUUGAAGAUGGGGUUAAAGUAAGUCAAGAUUGGGGGUUGGUUCCAUUCUAUGAAACUAGUGCUAUGUAUAAAACUAAUGUUGAUGAAGCAUUUACUGAUGUAGUAAGACAAAUCAUGAGAAAAGAAGCAGUUACUAAUGCUGAAAAGAAACAACAAAAAGAAUUACAAAAGCAAAAGGAAUUGGAAUCACAACAAAAUCAACAUCUGCAACAACAAUCAAGUUCAUCAGGAACUAAUUCAAAUAUAAAUCUGAAUGGUUAUGAUCAUGGAUCUCCAGUCUUAAAUGCAAGAUUAAAACAAUCCAUCAAUGAUCCUUCUAAAACGGUAACAAAAAGUAAGUGUUGUACCAUUAUGUAA